ACCCAGAUUUCGUUUCAAGGAUUUCUUUAACUUUACGCCGUGUCAACGGCUUCACCCUUUACAAUCGUGUACAAACUCGCAUACUCGGCAAAUUUGCAACUCGCGCUGGGGAUCUUCGGAAUACUAUCCGCCUGAUGUGGUAUUUUCUCGACAGCGAGGCCAAAUAUCAAUGGGAAGGGUUUGCCAAAGCCUUGUAUAAUAUAUUCGCUUACAUUCAGUUGGACGAUAAAAUUCCACCGGAAAGUCAAUUGCUGGAUAUUCGACACAAACUCUGUCAUGUUGACAGAAAGUGCAAGGCACUUCAAAGUCGAAUGGAAAAAGGUGCUGACUACAUGAAGACUCAUUCGAACUGGUAA